AUGGCGGCCGCCUGUGGCUUCUGGCACACGGUGCUGGUGCUGGAAGAUGGCGAGGCGCUCCUUUUCGGGAGGAACAUCAAUUGCGCUCUGCCCGCCGAGCGCCUGCGCGGCCGCAGGGUGACGCAGGCCGCCUGUGGCGGGAUGCACACGGCGCUGGUGCUGGAAGACGGCGAGGCGCUCCUCUUCGGGGAGAACGACGAGGGCCAGUGCGCUCUGCCCGCCGAGCGCCUGCGCGGCCGCAAGGUGACGCAGGCCGCCUGCGGCGGGAGGCACACGGCGCUGGUGCUGGAAGACGGCGAG